UUGCUUUAGGUCCAUACUUCUUUCUGGUAUUUACAUAGAUUAUCUGUUGGUAUUAUACAGCUUUGCUUUUCGGUUUGUUCUUUUCUUGAUGUUAUUUCCAUGGGCUAUAUGUCAGUAUUAUACAGUUUUUCAAUGGUCUAUACUUUUUGCUGGUAUUUCUUUGAUUAUCCGUUGGUAUUGCACAGCUUUGCUUGUUGCUGUCUGUAUAGCUUCCUUGUUGGUCUAUAGCUUUCUGGUAUCUGAUUUACUUUCUUGUUGAUAUUACACAACAUCCAUUUCUAUUGUCGCCAGAUAUAUAAGACACAUUUGCUUGCCUCUGGUAAAACACCGAAACCUGAGAAGACUUUUUGUGAUCCUCAACUCCCAUUUCAUCGCGCAAUCUGAGAAAUAUGGUAACCUUAACGAAAUACCCUAACCAUAUUCCAGAUACGGGGCUUUGUAGAUGGGACUCAAAGGAAGAUCAGCCGUCAAAACUUCAAACACGGGUGUUGUGUUGAGCCACACGUCGGGCACUGCAUUAGAGUUUGUUGUGUCAUAGACAUAGAACGGCUUUGGAGCCGAUAUUUCGGGGGCUUGAGCUUAGCAUACAAAAAGGCCAAGUCCUCAUCGGAAAAGCCUGUUCUGAUCUUGCAAGUCGUUUCAUACUCGCCGGUAUCGUCAUUGUAUGCUGCUCAAAUAAAGCCUCCAUACGAGCCAGUUCUCUUGCCUUUUCCAAUGUGAGCUCCCACAACGACAAGAUC